AACCGACAUUUGCGCCACCACGAAUGUUCUCUUGUACCAUAAUCUAACACCCUGAUGCCUUCUUUUGCGCCCAUCCAUUUUCAGUCUUCAAAAUGAGGAGAAUACUGCCGCUCACGUUGCGCAGGAAUUUCGCGACCAGGUACUCGCCUGCAUCGCGAGGACCUCGAAACUCUGUACGAAGAAAAGAUCUCCCGUCGCCUAUAUCUUCUCGUCGAACAGUACCUAGUCGGGACACAGAACAAAAAGUCACAUCAGAUACCGAAAAUGUAUCAGCGACCUUACGUGCUACAAAUCCAGCAGAGAAUACUCUGCUGUCGCCCGUCCAUAUACCGGAGGAUCCGAACGCAGUGCUGAGAGAAAGACAUCCGGCUGCGAAGCUUUUGGCGAAUUCGGGUCUUGUGGUUAAAAGAGAAUUAGAGCUGAUGAAUGUCAUGCUUGGUUUUGAACAAGCAAAUCGUUAUGUUAUAAUGGACGCCCAUGGAAACCAUGUCGGGUACAUGGCAGAGCAAGAGACUGGUUUAGGCCGUAUGAUGGCUCGUCAGUGGUUCCGCACACAUCGCAGUUUUACAACCCACGUAUUCGAUCGGGAUGAGAACGAGGUCCUCAGGUUUAAUCGACCGUUCUCAUGGAUUAACUCUCGCAUACGUGUCUACGAUCCUCUGGACCUAGCAGACCCUCUAUACUUGCCAUCUAACACCUACCACUCAACUUCGCCUACGUCCCUAGUAUCUGUUGCUGGUGGUUCAAACAUCAAAGUUUCCCCAUUGCCGAUUUCUGAUAUGCGCGUGGUUGGCGAAGCACAGCAGCGAUGGGCUCCUUUACGCCGCAAAUACGAUAUGUUCAUUUUCCAUGCGAACCCCAAACCUGAGCUCGAUCUUGGGACUAAACAUAUCUCUGGCGGGCUAUCGAAGACUCAACAGCUGCAGUUGAUGUAUCAAUCGGGUGGAGCCAAUCCCACUGGUGAAUAUCAUCAGUUUGCCUACGUCAACGAGCCAUUCCUGUCAUGGGACUUUUCUCUUCGGUCCGCAGAUGAUCGACUCAUUGGGUCGGUCAAUCGUGACUUUGUGGGGUUUGCACGAGAAAUCUUCACAGACACUGGCGUUUACGCUCUUCGAAUGGACGCGGCGGCUCUAGCGGAAGAGAAAGAGCGCCAACACUUACUCUCACAGACAGCUCAAGGACAAGUUGCUUAUACAGAUAAGAUGACAGGGAUGACUCUAGACCAACGCGCCGUUAUGCUGGCUACGGCUGUCAGCAUCGAUUUUGACUAUUUCAGUCGCCACAGUCACGCCGGCUCGGGCUUAUUUCCCUGGAUGUGGUUCCCCGGCGAGUAUGCGCCAGGAGGAGCUGCUGGGGGUACUACUGCUGCUGGUGAGGCAGGCGUAGCAGAGGGUUCUACUGCCGUUGGAGAGGCCGGUGCAGGCGCUGUCGGUAGAGCAGGGUCGUACGGCAGUGUAGCAGAAGGUGCUGCUGCUGGAGCUGCAGGUGCUGGCACUGUUGCAGGUUAUGAUGCAAUGCGGCGAGGCAUGGAUGGCGGCCAAACACCCCCUUCACAACCCGAAGGAACUUCAUCUCCGUCGUCGAAAGAUCAGCCUGGUACUACAGAAGAGGUUUGGGGAGAAACACCACCGGAACACUGGGGUCCAGGAGGUGGUGCAGGCCCUGACGAAUCCAGCAAUGGGAAUGAUGUCGAUUCUGAUGAUUUUGACUGGUUUUAAAUUAUCUAGGUCAUUCUUUGCAUAUAUUCUUCCGCGUCAAUAUUUUAGACUUGUAUUUUGGGCAUGGCAGCGUCAUAUUUAGCGAUAGUCAUUAAUCUUAUGUCUGUAUAAUAUAAUCACUCUACUAUACAAAGAAUACUGGAAAAGUAAAUGCACUAUUCAAUACUGUCCUAAGAGAACAUCAAGUAA